AUGGCCUCCGAGUCCGGUAUCCCGACCGACCGCUUUGGCUGGAGUCCACGCGAGUUUCACGAUGCAUCCAGCGACCAUGGCACCACAAAGAGCCCCAAGGUCGACCCUACCCUUCUUUCAGUAGACGACCUGGUGCCUUCCGUAUUCAACCCCGAGAUAUCGCCUAUGCUGCCCGCUCUCCAGAUCCGCACCGACUUGCCCAACACUCGCCCAGCCUCCAGCAGAGAAUCUGAUCCUUUGGCCUCGCUCAGUGUGUCGUCUGGCAGUCUCCCACAGCGUACCCCAAGCCUGCGCGCCCUCGUUGCCCCGCCUAUCUCGAGCGCGGGAUCACUGUCCCCUGCCUCUCUCAUGUCGUCGCCGCAGUUGAAUGCGAUGGGUGACAUCACCCCGUUGCCAUCCCCGAUUGGUGGCGCAUCGCCAUGGCGGAGAGGCGACUUGCCAUCGCUGUCGCGCACCUCGUCCAUGGCCUCACGGAGUGGCUCGAGUCUGCGGCUAAGUGACUCAUCACAGAUGCUCGGUCCGCCGGCUUUUCGCUCCCGUGGCAAGUCAUAUGCGGGGUUUGAUGAGCUGGGACAAGAAUCUCCAGUGUCGACUCGAAUCCGUCGCAACUCACCAUCAAAACACGCUCGCAACCGCAGUCUGAGUGACUACGCUCCCGCCGGCCGUACCUCCGUUCCACCCCGUCCAAUUGCUGUUUCCGGCACGGGUCCAAGCAUCGCGCCAUCGUCCAGCGUCGACUCAAAGGCCGCAGGCCUUCAUCGUGAACAAUACUUGGCGGUUCAACGUGGGAUUGCGUUGCCAACUGUCCGCCCUCCAAGCCCGCCUCGCAGUAGUGGCAGUGGAUAUGGGGACAGUGACAACGAAGCGGUCAUCCAUCACCCAGCACCUCUCUCGGCCCCUGAGGAAAUUUACUCUGUUCGAUCGAUCCGCACCCAACAAGCCCGAAUGUACCGGAAAUUGCGAGUUCUUGGCCAGGGCACGUUCAGUCAAGUCAGUCUCGCCGCUCGUGUGGAGCAGAUUCCCGAGACCCCCUUAUCACCCGUCACCGAUGGACCCAGUGAUGUGGCGCCUACGACUCAGAAAUUGGUCGCGGUCAAGAUCAUCGAGCAUGGUCCUGCGGGUGGUGCGGACGAGGGGCGGCUGGAAGUGUCUCUCAAGCGUGAAGUCGAAAUCUUGAAGGCUGUCAACCACCCAUCUUUGGUCCAGCUGAAGGCAUUUGGCAGUGACGAGAAGCGCGCAUUGCUGGUUUUGGAUUACUGUCCCGGCGGAGAUCUGUUUGAAUUCGCUACAUCCGGCCCCCGACCCAUGUCGCCCGGUCUCAUUCGACGCAUCUUCGCCGAGCUGGUGGAUGCUGUGCGAUACUUACAUUCUCACUACAUUGUGCACCGGGAUAUCAAAUUGGAAAAUGUUCUGCUCACCAUGCCUGCCCAUGCCAUGGAAGAUGUGCAAAACUGGCGUACUCAUGAUCGAGCCGUGGUCACCCUCAGUGACCUCGGACUCUCACGACGCAUCCCUGAACCUCCCGAGAGCCCACUCUUGAAAACGCGGUGUGGUAGUGAGGACUACGCCGCUCCCGAAAUUCUGAUGGGCCAGGCGUAUGACGGUCGUUCGACCGAUGCGUGGGCGCUUGGUGUUUUGCUUUAUGCCAUCAUGGAGAGCCGUCUGCCUUUUGAUGUUCUGCCCGGUACUCGUGGGGACCCGGCCAAGCUUCGAGCCCGUACGCCGCACCGUAUCGCUCGGUGCGAGUGGAGCUGGUACCGCUAUGCCAACGAUGACGAAGAAUGGGAUCCCGAGAAGGGCCAGGGGCUAGAUGGUGCCCAGCAUUGUGUGGAGGGUCUCCUCAAGCGCAACACCAAGCGCAAGUCGCUCGAUGAGAUUGCCGCCAUAGAGUGGGUGCGCGAUGCUAUCAAUGUGCCCGAGGGGUUGAAACGAGGCGACAAAGAAGUGCCAUAG